AUGGGGCAAAGUCCAGGAGAAAUCAGAUAUGAGCAUCCAGCUGCUGUUCCCAGAGAGAGUACGUCUCUCAGCAAUGCAUACAAAGUGCCAGCCAUGAAGGAGGAGGCUCUCACGAGCUCCAGGGUCCAGGGCUUUUAUCUUGUAACUAGUAAAGUCCAGGAGCCCCUGGGAACAAGGGGACUCCUGGUGGCAACUACCUACCUAUCUGCAGUACUGCGUGUAGACACCAGAGGGAGCCAGAAGCUCAGAUUUGCAGAACCCCCUCCACAGCGGGUAUGGGUACACACAGAGAAGCUCCAGAGAAAACAAGAGAGGCACAAGGAGCCUCUACCUGGGCCGACAGUGGAAGUCUCUCCCCCUUUCUCACUAAGCUCUAAACUUCCCAGCCCAGGGUCUGAGUCGUCCUCUCCCACGUCCCCACAGCUAAUCAGCCAGCUUGCAGAGGAAGGACACAUGACAGUACCAGCAGCAGGACUGGAGGCUAAGGUGAUGACAGCCAUCCUGAUGAAGAGCACAAUUUUCCCAGCCCAAAUCACUAAUGAACAUGAGUCACUGAUAAUGGUGAAGAAACUUUUUGUUACUUCCAUCUCAUGUAUAACAUAUUUGAGGGGCCUGUUCCCAGAGAGCUCUUAUAGAGAUCGCCAUCUGGAUGACCUCAGUUUAAAAAUUCUCCGGGAAGACAAAAAGUGCCCUGGGUCAUUACAUAUUAUUAAAUGGAUUCAAGGUUGUUUUGAUGCUUUGGAAAAGAGAUACCUUCACAUGGCAGUGCUAACACUGUACACAAAUCCCAAGGAACCUGAGAAAGUAACUGAGAUAUACCAAUUCAAAUUCAAAUAUACAGAAAAGGGAACCACUAUGGACUUUGACAGUAGUAGUACAAGCUUCGAAAGUGGGACAAACAGUGAUGAUAUUAAGAAGGCCUGUUCCCUACUAAUCCGUCAAUUGUAUAUACUGAUGCAGAACCUUGGACCCCUUCCUAAUGAUGUUAUACUUACCAUGAGACUCCAUUAUUAUAAUUCAGUGACACCAUAUGAUUACCAACCCCCUGGUUUUAAAGAAGGGGGUAACUCACACUUCCUGCUGUUUGAUGGGGAGCCUGUGAGCCUUCGCAUGGGCUCAGUCUCCUCUGGCUUUCACAGCAUGAAAGUAAAAGUUACAACCGAGGCCACCAGAAUGCUUGAUGGGGAGAACAGUCCCACUCAGGAGAAUGGCACUACCGAGAUAGCCCAUCAGGGUCUUGACUGUGAUGAGGAAGAAGAGGACGGCAGCAACCAAAUUCAAAGAGUGAAUUUUGUGCACAUUGAGUCAAGUUUUGAAAGCUCCGGGAAGAAGAGGAAGGUCAGUGAGCCAGUGAAAAUCCUCAUCCCUAAAAGAAAAUGA